AUGAAACUUUCAUACUUCAUCGCCGGAUUGAUCCCGGCAGUUGCUCUUGCCGAUAGCAUCUCCUGCGACGCAAACAAUAAGUGCCCGGAAGAUUCGCCAUGCUGCUCCCAAUACGGUGUUUGCGGUACCGGUGCGUACUGUCUCGCAGCUUGUGACCCGCGAUUCUCUUACAACAUCUCAGCUUGCAUGCCCUUACCCGUGUGCCAAUCCAAGGAUAUUACCUUCACUUCUAUUGACAAUAUUAUUGACCAAAGCAAGUACCUCGGUGAUGCUUCAUCCUACGACUUUGUCACUAAUGGUGACGUGCUUUCCUACAAUGAAAAUGUGCUUCUGACAAUGGCCAAUGGCUCCUACGGUACCGUUUUGUCAUCGACUCGUGCCGUUUGGUACGGUAAGGUUUCCGCCACUCUUAAGACCUCUCGUACUCAAGGUGUUGUUUCUGCCUUUAUUCUCAUGUCUCCAGUCAAGGACGAAAUCGAUUAUGAAUUCAUUGGCUCCUACCUCGAAUCGGCCCAAACUAAUUUUUACUGGCAGGGUGACCUCAAUUAUACAAACUCUCGCAACGUUUCACUUUCUGACACUUUUGAAAAUUACCACACUUAUACCGUUGAUUGGACUGAAGACUCUAUUACUUGGGCCGUCGAUGGACAAACUGCUCGUACUCUUUACAAGGCUGAUACUUAUAACGCUACCUCUGGUGUUUACGAGUUCCCCCAAACCCCCUCUAUCAUUCAGAUUUCCAUUUGGCCCGGUGGCUCCAGCUUGAACCCCCAGGGUACUGUUGAUUGGGCUGGUGGUUCCAUUGACUGGAACGCUGCCGAUAUCCAGGACCCUGGUUACUUUUACGUUACUCUUAAGGAUGUCUCCAUUUCAUGUUACGAUGCUCCUUCUAACACUUCUUCCACCGGCAGUAACUCUUACAAGUACAUUGACGUUGAGGGUCUUGAAUCCAGCAUUCAAUUGUCAAGCGAUGGCACUGUUCUUGGCUCCUUCGAGGCUGUUGGUUUUGAUGUUAACAAGGGUUCCGACUCUAACCUUGAAAGUGUUUCCGGUUCAGUCCCCACUGGCGUUGCUGCUGGUUCUAACCAGAACCGUUCUGGUGACAGCAGCACUGAAUCCGUUGCUGAUGCUUCUGUUGUUUCCAUUUCUUCUAGCACCUCCACUUCCACUUCAUCUGAGUCUUUGGCUGAUGCCACUGGCUCUGCUGCCAAAACCUCUUCCAAGUCUACUUCUUCUGCUGCUUCUUCUUCUUCUGAGUCUCUUGCUGAGGCCACUGGUUCUGCUGUCAAGACUUCUUCCUCUUCUGCUUCUUCUUCAGCCUCAGCCUCAGCCUCAGAUUCAGCCUCUGCUUCAGAUUCUUCUUCUUCUUCUGCUAAGGCUACCACUACUGGUGCUGCUUCUUCCUCUUCUUCUCCCUCUUCUACAGGCGCUGCUGAGUCCUCCUCUGCUGCUGCCACCACCACUGCCAACCAGGGCUUUGACCAGGGUAGCAGCACCACAACUACUUCUACAGCUGCCACCGGUGCCGGCUCCAAGCUUGUGGCAUCAUCUUUCUUGGGUCUUGCUGGUUUUGUUGUCAUUGCCAUGCUGACUGCUUAA